ACAUGAGUUGAUCGUCUCAUUACCAGAAUAUUAGUCUUCUUUCGAGAAGUGUGGGCAGAUUUUUAGUUUAAAAAAUUUAUGCAAUGUCAGGUUUUUUCUACUUUAAUAUGCCGAUCCUAGUCGGUUUAUUUUGUUUACUGAUGCCAGAUGUGAGCGCCUUUUUAAUAGAAGAUGACUUGCUCGCAUCUCUCGUCAAACGGUUCGAGUCUGAAGCUUCACAACGGUCAACAGAAGAAAUACAUAUCCCAGAAGAUGAGCUAACGGAGGCACUAAGAAUUGGCAGAAAAUAUGUAGAUCAGUGGGAGAAACUGGAAAACCAGAUUUCAAAGGAAGUCCGCAAAACAGAGGAAAAUCAUGGCACAACCAAUGUUGGAGAAAAGAAUAUGAAUUAUCCGUGUCGCCACGCUUCCAAACCACGUGAUCCAGAAGUGGCGGCAGAGUCAAAAGAAGCCGCUGUCUAUUUAGUUGCUCGGAAGUAUUUGAGUGAUAAAUUGGGAAUCCCAGCUGAGAAGAUUGGAGAUUUUGGUCAGACGACAAAUUUUAGAAACGGUGCUGAUGACCGACAAACCUGCGAUGCUACAUCCAAGUUCCGUAAUAUCGAUGGAACGUGUAACAAUUUGGUCGUUCCAUCUUUUGGAAAGUCAGGUUCUAUCUUCUCUCGUCUUAUUGUCAACUCGAACGAGGGUUAUGGUGACGGUAUUGGAGCGAUUCGUACAAGCAAGUUGACGAAAAACCCUUUGCCAAGCCCUCGUUCAAUUUCAACUGCCGUUUUGGUGAACGACAGUGUUCCAAAUCCCGCAGUAACUCUUCUGGCGAUGCAAUGGGGCCAGUUCCUUGAUCAUGAUCUAACACUUACUCCCACUUUCAAAAACAAUGGGCAAAGAAUUCGCGUGCUGCUCAACGGAUAGCAUAGGCACUAC